CAGCGUAAUAAUAUGCGUGUAGAGCACUGUGUAACAUCGCGUCUGACAGUUUUUCAAAUUGUCUACGACAAUUUCAGUGAGAUUUAUAAAUAUCUACAGCAACUAAAAGCUUCCAGAUAAAAGAACACAAUGCAGAUCUUUGUGAAGACAUUGACUGGGAAAACUAUAACUCUUGAAGUUGAAGCUUCUGAUACUAUUGAGAAUGUAAAAGCCAAAAUUCAAGAUAAAGAGGGUAUUCCACCCGAUCAGCAGCGUUUGAUUUUUGCCGGAAAACAGCUUGAAGAUGGUCGCACUUUGUCCGAUUACAACAUCCAGAAGGAAUCUACUUUGCAUUUGGUUCUCAGACUGCGUGGUGGAAUGCAGAUUUUCGUUAAAACCUUGACAGGAAAGACCAUAACGUUGGAAGUUGAAGCAUCAGACACAAUCGAGAAUGUUAAGGCAAAAAUUCAAGACAAAGAAGGCAUCCCUCCGGAUCAGCAGAGAUUGAUUUUUGCUGGAAAACAACUUGAAGAUGGUCGCACUUUGUCUGAUUACAAUAUCCAGAAGGAAUCUACUUUGCAUUUGGUUCUCAGACUGCGCGGUGGUAUGCAGAUUUUCGUCAAAACUCUAACAGGAAAGACCAUUACGUUAGAAGUCGAAGCAUCAGAUACAAUUGAGAACGUUAAGGCAAAAAUUCAAGACAAAGAGGGCAUCCCUCCGGAUCAGCAGCGUUUGAUCUUUGCCGGAAAACAGCUUGAAGACGGCCGCACACUUUCCGAUUACAAUAUUCAGAAAGAAUCUACUCUGCAUUUAGUUUUACGGCUUCGCGGAGGUAUGCAAAUUUUUGUGAAAACUCUUACAGGAAAAACCAUCACUUUAGAAGUCGAGGCAUCAGACACAAUCGAGAACGUCAAGGCAAAAAUUCAGGACAAGGAAGGAAUCCCUCCGGAUCAACAGCGUUUGAUCUUUGCCGGAAAACAACUCGAAGAUGGUCGAACGCUCUCAGAUUACAAUAUUCAAAAAGAAUCCACUCUUCAUUUAGUUUUGAGGCUUCGCGGUGGUGGUAUGCAGAUUUUCGUUAAAACUCUUACCGGUAAAACCAUCACGCUGGAAGUCGAGUCUUCUGAUACUAUUGAGAAUGUAAAAGCCAAGAUUCAAGAUAAAGAGGGUAUCCCACCUGAUCAGCAGCGUUUGAUUUUUGCUGGAAAGCAACUGGAAGACGGGCGCACUUUGUCUGAUUAUAAUAUCCAAAAGGAAUCCACUUUGCAUCUGGUUUUAAGGCUUCGCGGUGGAAUGCAGAUUUUCGUCAAAACUCUAACAGGGAAAACCAUCACGUUAGAAGUUGAGGCAUCAGAUACUAUCGAGAAUGUCAAAGCUAAAAUUCAAGACAAAGAAGGAAUCCCUCCGGAUCAGCAGCGUUUGAUCUUUGCUGGAAAACAACUUGAAGAUGGUCGAACGCUCUCCGAUUACAACAUUCAAAAAGAAUCCACUCUGCAUUUGGUUUUGAGGCUUCGCGGUGGUAUGCAGAUUUUCGUCAAAACUUUAACAGGAAAGACGAUUACAUUGGAAGUCGAGGCUUCUGAUACCAUUGAGAACGUGAAGGCAAAGAUUCAAGAUAAAGAGGGCAUUCCUCCUGAUCAACAAAGACUGAUUUUUGCAGGCAAGCAACUCGAGGAUGGACGCACUUUAUCAGACUACAAUAUUCAAAAGGAAUCUACACUUCAUCUUGUGCUUCGUCUUCGGGGCGGAAAUAUUUAAUUCUAUAACUGUGAUUUUUCAGUUAAGCUUUAAUUCUAUUGUGUUACGACAAAUUAUGAUAAAUUUCUAAUUAUAUUUAUUAAUUUGAAAAUGAUAAAAUUUUUAGUGAGAAUUCUGUCAAAUAAAUUGCAAUUAAUAAAUCCUA